AUGGAGCCAUCGGGAAGUACUACGCCAGAUUCAUCGAGCAACCACGCCCUGAACUCAACAGGUGGCGGUGGCUCAUGGGAGAUCAGUGAUAAGGUCAAACUGUGCCGGUUCCUCUGCUAUGCCUCGGAAGGAGACGUAUACACGGCCCGGGAGGAGGGUCGUGUCAGCAUGGAGAACACUGAAACGCUCCUCUCUCUGCUGGAGCAGGGCCGGGGCGCUGAGGUGGUGGAGGAGAUCAAGAGGUGCGCUCAGGACGGCAGAGCUGUCAGACUCGACGCCUCCUUCUUUGCCUUGGCCCUGUGCUCCCAGUAUGCCGAGCUGACAACGAGGCAGGCAGCGUUUAAAGCUGUGAAGGAAGUCUGUCGGAACCCUGCCCACCUGUUUUCUUUCAUUCAGUAGAAGAAGGAACUGAAAGAGGGCAUGAAGUGUGGGAUUUGGGGACGCGCCCUGAGGAAGGCGGUGUCCGACUGGUAUAACGAGCAGGAUGCCAUGAGUCUGGCUGCGGCUGUGACCAAAUGUAAACAGAGAGAGGGAUGGACGCACCAGGAUCUGCUUCGGCUCUCUCACACCAAACCAGCUAAUGAAGCAAUUACUUUGAUCUGCAAAUAGGUAACGAAAGGAUGGAAAGAGGUCCGGGCUGCGUACGCACACAAAGAGAACCCAGAGGAGGUCGUCAAAGUGCUUUCAUAUCUUGAAGUGGUGGAGAAGGUCAAGCACAGUUGUGAUGAAACCGAGGUCAUCAAUUUGAUAGAGGAACACAAACUGGAGAGGGAGCAGCUCCUGACAGACCACCUGAAGUCCAAACAGGUAUGGAGGGCUCUGUUGAAGGAAAUGCCUCUCCAGUCGGUGCUAAGGAUCUUGGGUAAGAUGACAUCAAACAAAAUUCUUGAGCCAGGAGGCUCAGAAACACAAGCUGUGUGUGACAGAAUCCAGGAUGAAGCGUCACUAAAAAAGGCAAAGAUCCAUCCUUUCAGUGUACUCUUGGCUUCAGAGAACUACAAAAGAGGCCAAGGCUACCAGGGUAAAACUAAAUGGACACCAGACGGCAGCAUCCUCAAAGCUAUGGACGCUGCCUUUUACACAAGUUUUGUGAAUGUGGAGCCUGUGGGGAAACGCUUCGUAGUGGCUGUAGAUGUGAGCACGUCACUGAGCAGCAUUGUCCCCGGAACGUCGAUCAGCACUGCUGUAGCUGCUGCUGCAAUAACCAUGAUUUUUGCAAGGACAGAGGUGGAUACACAAGUGCUGGCCUACUCUGAAGGAGCUGUGGUUCCAUGCACUGUGUCUGCUGACAUGACUCUGGCACAAGCAACAGUUGAACUGGUGAAGAUCCCAGGUGGAAGCACAGACUGCACUCUUCCUGUCACGUGGGCCACAGAGAACGGAAAAUCAGUCGAUGUAUUUGUUAUUCUGACCAACAACCCAUUGUGGACGUUUGCCGCCAGCCCAGUGGAGUCUCUACAAAAACACAGAGAAAAAUCAGGAACUAAGUCCAAGUUGGUGAUGUGCGGGCUGACUUCUAUUGGACACGCCCUCUCAAACACGGAUGACGGGGGUUUCCUAAGCGUCUGUGGCUUUGACCUUGGAGCUUUGAGCGUCAUUCGCAACCUUGCCCAGGAUCUUAUCUGAUAAAUAUUGAGACUUUGUUUAGGAAUCGUGGUCAGAGUUUAAAGAGAAAGCACAGAGUGGACCAGUGUGGCUUACUCAGCAUGUACAGUGCCCUAAAGCAGCACUAAUACAAAAGGUGCUGAUAUUUGCAAUUCCAAUUCUUCUUUUCUAUUAUGUUGUUUACAAAUUAACUGACAAAGUGUCCAGCGGGCUGGAAAACACUCUGGAAAUGUUAUUUGAAUUAAUUUUUCCAGAAAUUAAAAAAAGAGAAGGACGGGAAUAAGACAUGAUGUGUCAUUGCACAAUCAUGCUGAGGUAAGUUGCCAACAGUACUCUGUGUGACAGGCUGUGCCUGUGGUGGUUCUUAGUGAGACACUAACCCAUUCAAUAAAAAACUUCACCAAUUUAUACCAAGAAGUUUGUAGAUUAAACAAGAGGGAAGGGCUAAGAGUCAGGAUGGUGGUGAAAGUGGUGAAAGCGUAGGUUUAUUUGAAGGUGUUUUACUAUAGUUUCCUGAUUUGUGUCGAUGGUAUGAUUCUAACAGAAUUGAUGUGAUCGUAGAGGAGUGUUAAUUUUGAAAACCUGUGCAUGAUGCACAUUAUAAAAUAUUAAAAGAUAUAAAUGAAUUAAAACAACAAAGCACAAAAAGUAAGCAGAAUACUGGAAUUCUUGUUGGAAAUUAUGUUCAAAAAUGUCAUAUUUUUGAUCAGAAGAUUUUUAGCAGUAACAUUUUAAUCAAAUAAAAACGUGUAGAAUCCCGUUUUUGCAAACCCAUGCAUUUAGUUCAGUUAAAUUGUAUGUACUUUUUUUAAUAUUUGGUUUCAAAACUUAGUUUUAUGUUCUGCUCUUGUUGAAUCGUUUUAUACAAAUAAUACCCUUGAGGGAUUAUUGUGGUUAUUGUUUUCCCUUGUGAAUCAAAGAUGCCAAUGUUUGGGACCGUAACUCGAAAUACUGUAAGUUGGAUGAAUGGUAUUGUAUUCGUAGUGCUAUGCACCACAGUUGGGAUUUUCUUGUAUUAUUAUUAUUUAUAGCUAAUUAACAAUUGUUUACUGAGACUGAAUUUACUAUCACAGUAUUGAUAUUGAGUGAUGUAUGAAUUUUCAUUAUGCAAACAUUUUAUGAAUUGAAUGUAACAGUAGAGAUUUAAAGUACCAGGCUUUAUAUUUCUCCACACACACAAUGUACACACUACUUACCAGGCUGUAGCGUUAGGGGCCAAGUCAUUGUGGUGAAAUCCAACCAAAUGUCUGCUGCGGUGCUUGUUGUUAUAGUCAGCAGUAAUUGCUGUAGAUACUGACAGCAUUCACUAUGUCACUUAUUUACUUUCGUGUCAGUUGCACUUUAUGAAGAACAAACUCCUGACCAUGUAACUGUUAAGGAUUUUCCUCCACACAUGCUGAUAACUGUCAUUUUCAAUGUUAAGACAAUGUCCACUGUAUUUUUGACCAAAGGUCAAAAUCCUAUUAAGCUGAAAUAUGUGUGUGUGUUAUCAUUAUUAAACAACAUUUGUAGCUGACUGUCUGGCACAAGAGAGAUGAUAAGAAGUUUGGAAGUUUACAAGUGUUUCACCACCGUUGUUGGUUCUGUCC